AUGCCCGGGGGUGCAGAGGCAGAGCGGCAACGGAAGGAUGUGCCCGCAUCCCCGGUCCCUCCCCUAGGGCCACCCGCUUUCCUGCGGGUCGGGUGGCACCCGGCCUCCCCCGGGGACCUGACGCGGCUCGUCUUGCGAGCCGCUCUCGGGUUCCAAGAGGCCCGGGCCGCGGCCCCCGCCGCUCCGCGUGCGUCAAGCGCCGGUGGCCAGGGCUCCCGAGCCGGGAGUGGCGGGCGCCCGCGCGCAGCGGGCAGGGGCCAUUGUCCCUCUGGAGGCCCGCGUCGCCCUGGCGGCUCCUCGGUCACCGAAGUGGAGCUCUGCUUAGUCACAAGCGGUACAACCCAGUUUCUGAUGUUCUCAGACUCUUGCCUGCAAAGAAAAGAGGAAAAUACUUAA